UUGGUUAAAGUAGAUUUGGAAGUACUAGAGUCACCACACCGUCUUCACAGUACAAACAACUAAACAAAGUCUGCCUCCUCAUCCAUCUCUUGCAUUUUCCUCUCUUGCAUGUUAUUACCACCUUCCCUCAAUGCUUCUCAUCUAUAUGACCCCAACCAACCAACCACAUUAACUGAUAAACCCCUCUAUGACACUUAUCCCAACCCAAAUUAUGUUGUUCGUAAUCUCGUAUUUCUUUCUUUCCGUCAUGAUGAUUACCACCUUGGUGGCCGCCGCCGAUGACGCGGUGAUGUCCAAUUUCCUUCAAUCGCUGAAGCCAACACCUCCAGGUUGGUCUCAGACAACCCCAUUCUGCCAAUGGGAGGGUAUCCAAUGCGAUUCUUCCAACCGCGUCACCAGCAUAAGCCUCGCUUCAAAGUCCCUCACCGGAACGCUCCCCUCCGAUCUCAAUUCCCUCUCUCAACUCCGCUCCCUCUCUCUCCAAGACAAUGCACUCUCAGGCCCCCUUCCCUCUCUCGCCCAACUCUCCUUCCUCCAAACGGCCUACCUCAACCACAAUAACUUUUCAGCCGUUCCCUUCGCCGCCUUCGCCGCCCUGAACUCUCUCCAAACCCUCAGCCUAGCCUCCAACCCUUCCCUCUCACCCUGGACUUUCCCCACCGAUCUCACCUCCUCCACCAACCUAAUCGACCUCGACCUCGGCACUGUUUCCCUCUCCGGUGCCUUACCCGACAUCUUCGACAAAUUUCCCUCUCUAAAGAAUCUUCGCCUCUCCUACAACAACUUGACUGGUAGUUUACCGUCCUCUCUCGCCAUUUCCCCAAUCGCCUUGCUCUGGCUCAACAACCAGGCCACCGGCUUGUCCGGUACUCUCUCCGUUCUCUCCAACAUGACGCAGUUGAGCCAAGCCUGGCUUCACAAGAACCAGUUCACCGGUUCCAUUCCGGAUUUGUCCCAAUGCAAGGGCCUGUUUGACUUGCAGCUCCGAGAUAACCGGCUAACCGGCGUGGUUCCUAUUUCCUUGAUGACUCUUUCGAGUUUAAAGAAUGUUUCGCUGGAUAACAACGAGCUUCAGGGCCCUGUGCCUGCUUUUGGGAAGGGUGUGAAGGUGACUCUCGAUGGAAUCAAUAGCUUUUGCCUCGAUACUCCCGGUGAUUGUGAUCCCGGGGUGAUGGUUUUGCUUCAGAUUGCUGAAGCGUUUGGGUAUCCCAUUCAGUUGGCGAAUGCGUGGCAGGGGAAUGACCCUUGUAACGGCUGGAACUUUAUUGUGUGUUCCACUGGGAAGAUUGUUACUGUCAAUUUCGCGAAGCAGGGUUUUUGGGGUACCAUCUCGCCUGCAUUUUCGCAAUUAACUGAUUUGUGCAGCUUGUUUCUCAAUGGAAAUAACUUGAUCGGUUCUAUUCCUGAGAGUUUGACCUCUUUGCCUCAGCUUCAGACUCUUGAUGUGUCCGAUAACAACCUCUCUGGAGAGAUUCCUAAGUUCCCGUCCAAGGUGAAGUUAGUGACUACCGGUAAUGCUAGGCUUGGGAAGGCUCUUAGUCCUGGAGGUGGAGCAAGUGGAUCUACUCCUUCAGGGUCUCCACCUAGUGGAAGUGGUCCUGAAUCUGCAAAGGGUAGUGCUUCUUUGUCGCCAGGUUGGAUUGGUGGUAUAGUUGUUAUUGUGUUGUUUUUUACUGCAGUAGUAUUGUUUUUGUCUUGGAAGUGUUAUGCCAAAAGGCAGCGGCGGAAGUUCAGGAGGGUUAAUGGUCACGAAAAUGGCAAAGGAAGCUUUAAAAUUGAGUCUAUCAAUGUUUAUAAUGGUUAUGGCGGUGUUCCCAGUGAGUUGCAAAGCCAGAGCAGUGGUGAUCGCUGUGACGUUCUUGCUGCUUUUGAAGGUCGAAAUGGGUCAAUUUCUAUUCAAGUUCUUCUACAAGUUACCAAUAAUUUCAGUGAGGAGAAUAUUUUAGGUAGGGGAGGGUUUGGAGUAGUUUAUAAGGGGGAGUUGCAUGAUGGAACAAAGAUUGCUGUUAAGAGGAUGGAAUCUGUUGCAAUGGGAAAUAAAGGACUUAAUGAGUUCCAAGCAGAGAUUACAGUUCUUAGUAAAGUUAGGCAUAGACAUUUAGUUGCUCUUCUUGGGUACUGCAUCAAUGGAAAUGAAAGGCUUUUGGUAUAUGAGUAUAUGCCUCAAGGUACAUUAACACAGCACCUGUUUGAGUGGCAGGAACAUGGUUAUGCUCCCUUGACAUGGAAACAAAGAGUAACAAUAGCUUUGGAUGUUGCACGAGGGGUGGAAUACUUGCAUAGCUUAGCUCAACAAAGCUUCAUUCACAGAGACUUAAAACCCUCAAACAUAUUACUUGGUCAUGACAUGAGAGCAAAGGUUGCAGAUUUUGGGUUGGUUAAAAAUGCACCAGAUGGAAAGUAUUCUGUUGAGACUCGGUUGGCUGGAACAUUUGGAUAUCUUGCACCUGAAUAUGCUGCCACUGGAAGAGUGACAACCAAAGUGGAUGUUUAUGCAUUUGGUGUAGUUUUGAUGGAACUUGUUACCGGUAGAAAGGCAUUGGAUGAUACUGUGCCAGAUGAAAGGUCUCACUUGGUUACAUGGUUCCGUAGGGUACUAAUUAACAAGGAAAACAUUCCAAAGGCAAUUGAUCAAAUUCUCAACCCCGACGAGGAAACUACGGAGAGCAUAUAUAAAGUGGCUGAACUGGCUGGCCAUUGCACUGCUCGUGAACCAUAUCAAAGGCCAGAUAUGGGUCAUGCAGUGAAUGUCUUGGUUCCUCUUGUGGAGCAAUGGAAACCUAUUAGUCAUGAAGAAGAGGACAGCGCUAGCGGUCACUUUCAGAUGAGCCUUCCUCAAGCUCUACGAAGGUGGCAAGCCGAUGAAGGCACUUCCUCGAUAUUUAAUGAUGUAUCCAUCUCACAAACCCAAUUAAGCAUCCCCUCUAAACCUGUCGGAUUUGCAGACUCCUUCGAUUCACUGGAUUGCCGGUGACUUUCACAAACCACAAAAUUAUUGGAAGGCAUCUUUAGUCCAUAUGACGGGAAUGGAAGGGUUGGUUGAGGACAAUAAUAUCCAAGAAAACCAAAGGUUGUUAAGUUAUUUUGAUUUGGCAGCAUCACCAAAUUGUUUGUAACUUUAUUUUUAAAUGGUAUUAUUUUGGGCGCUCUUAAAAUCUCCUCAACUAAGCUAAACCUGGAUGUGAAUCUGCAUUCUUUUAUUGAUUCUUUUAAACAAUGGUUGGGUUUUAGAAAUGAUGAAUAACCUAUUUGGUUGGAAAAUUUUAAGGUGGAUUCUUCUGAUGGGACUAGCAAACAAUUUGUUAUUCAAUCUAAGUUAGAGUACUUGAUUUAUGAUUGACAAUCAACACAA